AUGGACAGAAGGAAUAACACACAUGUGUCUGACUUCAUCCUUAUGGGGCUGACAGAAUCUGAAGAGAUCCAGCUUGUCCUCUUUAUCAUAUUUCUCAUCAUAUACCUGGUCAGUGUCCAGGGAAACACAGGGAUGAUACUGAUCAUCCACCUGGAUCUCCAGCUUCACACCCCCAUGUAUUUUUUUCUCAGUCACCUGUCAUUUCUUGACCUUACUUACUCAACAGCCAUCACACCUAAAACCUUACAGAACUUACUGACCUCCACAAAGCACAUUUCAUACAUAAGCUGCUUCACCCAAAUGUACUUUUUAAUCUUCUUGGGUACUGUUGAAUGUUUUCUUCUCUCCUUGAUGGCAUAUGAUCGCUAUGUAGCUAUCUGCAAUCCUCUGCACUACUCUGUUGUUAUGUCCAAAAGACUCUGCUACUCCCUCAUCUUUGGGUCCUAUUUCAUUGGCUUUACAAACUCUAUGAUCAAUGUGCUUUUCAUGAGCAGACUGGAUUUCUGUGACUCCAAUGUAAUCCAUCACUUUCUCUGUGACACUUCCCCAAUCCUAGACCUGUCCUGCACUGACACACGUGGUGUGGAAAUCACGAUAUUCAUUUUUGCUGGCUCUACUCUAAUGGUUUCUCUUAUCACAAUAUCUGUGUCUUACCUGUCCAUUCUGACUACUGUACUGAAAAUUACUUCCACUUCAGGAAAGCGAAAAGCCUUCUCUACAUGUGCCUCCCAUCUCCUGGGAGUCACUAUCUUUUAUGGCACUACCAUUUUUACAUAUUUAAAACCACGCAAGUCCUAUACCUUGGGCAAAGAUCAAGUGGCUUCUGUGUUUUAUACUAUUGUGAUUCCCAUGCUGAAUCCACUCAUUUACAGCCUUAGGAAUAAAGAAGUGAAAAAUGCUCUCAAAAGACUCAUGCAGAAGAGACUGGACUUCAGGCAAUUAAAGUAACAUCAUUUCUAAACAGUUAAGUUUUCUCUCCUUUCCUGUGGAGUAUGUUCUUGUUCUCUCCAAAAAGCAAUGAAGUCCUUUCAUUUGUUUGUAUUUCUGUUGAACCAUUCUUUACUUAAUCAAAUAUAAUAUUGGCCAUCUCCAAAAGCAUGUCCAUUGAAAUUCAUAUUAUAAUUACAAGCCAUAAAAUAUGUGUUAAAAACAUGGCCCAUUGUUUUUAAGGGCAACUUAUCCUCAAAAUGAGAAAAUAUUAAUGUCCUAUUUUAAAAUACAGCACAGAUAUUACCAUGCAUUCUCCAAUGACAGAGAACUUUAUUAUGAAACAGAGCUCAGUUUUGGCACACUGGUAAUAGUUUCAGGAACCAUGUCAUGUAUUAUAUAGAGAAGAAAUGUAGCAGAGUAAUUAGGAGCACUGCCUUUGAAGCCAAACAUUUGAAGAUUUGUAGUCCAUAUCUACUCCUCU